AUGGCCGGGAAACGAGUGGAGAGGUGGUCGCGAUUCCUGCUCUUGUGGCUAUAUCGUAUGGCACUCGGACUAUCGCUGCUCUCCUCGAAAUUGGACAAGGAUAAACUGCAGCUAAGGCCCCCAAAAAGGGGCAGCAACAAUCGCAUCCUUAGCAUCCUGUGGCGCUGUUUGGUGAUUGUAAUAUACGCAGGUGUUUGGCCCACACUUACCUUUCCGCUUUUGGCAACAAGAAUAGAGAGCUAUGCGGAUUUGGUAGCUUCACUUCAAGUCCUUUCCGUUUCCAUUUUGGCAACCAUAUCAUUUAUAAUCCAGGCAACGGGGGAGAACAAAUUUCAAAAGGUGAUGAAUAGAUAUUUGGCCCUUUACCAGCGGAUAUGUGCUGCCAGCCGUUUAGAGCAGUUGUUUCCACCGAAAUUUGUGGUUUACUUUUUGCUCAAAUGGUUCUUCACACUGUGCGGUUAUUUCCAUGAGUUUAUACCGCUGCUCAAGGGAGAAAACUUUGCAAGCAUUUUCCACUCGGUGGCUGUCGUCAUUGGCGUUUACAUGUGGUUUGGCACGGUCUUUGUCUUGGAUGCCUGUUUUUUGGGAUUUUUGGUCUCCGGAAUCAUGUACGAGCACAUGGCUGCGCAUAUUUUGGCCAUGCUAAAGCGAAUGGAACCCAUUGAAUCGCAGGAGGAGGGUCAGCGAAUGAGUCACUAUCGCAGGAUGCGACUCCUGUGCGAUUUUGCAGACGAGUUGGAUGAGUGUGCGAUUAUCUACAGUGAACUGUAUGAGGUCACCAACGCCUUUCGCAAAAUGCUGCAGUGGCAGAUCCUCUUCUACAUCUACUACAACUUCAUAAACAUUUGCCUAAUGCUCUAUCAAUAUAUUCUGCGAUAUCUGAACGACGAUGAAGUGGCUUUGGUGUCUUUGGUCAUGGCCUCUGUCAAGAUGGCCAAUCUAGUGUUGCUCAUUAUGUGUGCAGAUUAUACAGUGAGGGAGUCGCAAAUGCCUAAGAGAUUGCCACUGGAUAUAGUGUGCAGCGAUAUGGAUCAGCGUUGGGAUAAGAGUGUGGAAACUUUUCUUUGUCAGCAGCAAACGCAACUACUGGAGAUCAAAGUAUUGGGAUUUUUUCACCUAAACAACGAGUUUAUCCUUCUCAUCCUAUCUGCCAUUAUAUCCUAUCUCUUUAUACUACUUCAGUUUGGCAUAACAGGUGGCUUUGAGGCAUCCGAUGAAAUUAAAAAUCAGUUUGAUUAA